CAUAAUCAGAAAUGGGUGGCAAGAUUACUUGCAUUCACUCUAUUUUCGUCCACUAAAGCUCAUUAACGACCUGAUGUACAGUAGAUUGGCAGCAACCGUCUGAUUGGCGAGAGAGAUAUACUAGCCUAGGCUACUACAGAGACAGCAACUGCAUAACGGUUCGCGUUUCCCUCCGGUACGCUCACGUUACCAGGUUGUGGUACGCACUUUUUGUGUGUUCCAAAAGCCCUACAACUCUGCACUGUUGGCAAGGACAGUCAAACGGACAAGAGAAGGACAGGGACGGACUCACUAUGUUGACGUUGCUGACAGCUAUGUACUUGGUGGUGCGGGCGGCUUCGUCGGAGGCCGAACCAAUCCGCGUCCUGGUCACCGGCGCUGCCGGGCAGAUCGCCUACUCUCUGCUGUACAGCAUCGCCAAGGGAGAUGUCUUCGGCAAAGACCAGCCAAUCAUCCUGGUGCUUUUGGACAUCCCGCCCAUGCUGCCCGUUUUGGAUGGGGUCGUCAUGGAGCUGCAGGAUUGUGCUCUCCCGCUUCUGAGGGAGGUCAUUCCCACUGACAAGGUGGAGGUGGGCUUCAAGGACCUGGAUGCCGCCAUCCUGGUGGGCUCCAUGCCCAGGAAGGAGGGCAUGGAACGCAAGGACCUGCUGAAGGCCAACGUGGCCAUCUUCAAGACCCAGGGCGCCGCCCUGGACAAGUACGCCAAGAAGACCGUCAAGGUUCUGGUCGUGGGAAAUCCCGCUAACACCAACUGCCUCAUCGCCUCCAAGUCUGCUCCCUCCAUCCCCAAGGAGAACUUCUCCUGCCUCACCCGCCUGGACCACAACAGAGCCCGCUCCCAGGUGGCCAUCCGUGUCGGCGUGUCCUCUGAUGACGUGAAGAACGUCAUCAUCUGGGGAAACCACUCCUCCACCCAGUACCCUGACGUCCACCACUGCAAGGUCAACGUGCACGGCAAAGAGAUGGCCGCCUUCGACGCCAUCAAGGAUGACGCCUGGCUCAAGGGAGACUUUAUCUCGACGGUGCAGCUGCGCGGUGCCGCUGUGAUCAAGGCCAGGAAGCUGUCCAGCGCCAUGUCUGCUGCCAAGGCCAUCUGUGACCACAUGAGAGACAUCUGGUUUGGCACCCCCGAGGGCGAGUGGGUGUCCAUGGGUGUCUAUGCUGGUGGAAACUCCUACGGGGUCCCUGAAGACCUCAUGUACUCAUUCCCCGUAAUGAUCAAGAACAAGACCUGGACGGUGGUGGAUGGCCUGUCCAUCAAUGACUUCUCCAAGGGCAAGAUGGAUGCCACCGCUGCCGAGCUGGUGGACGAGCGCGACACAGCCGUCGCCUUCCUGGGAGUGUGACUGCCUCCGCCGACCUCAGCCCCGCAGCGACCCGUAGACACCCAGAAGCCUCCCCGCUCACAGCUGUGAACCUCCACGUCAUGUCGCUGCCCGUGUGUGAGUGUGUUUGUGUGUUUGUACGUGUGUACACACGUGUUUGUGUGUGUGUGUGAGAGAGAUCAACUGUAUGUGUGUGGAUGAGUGUGUCUGUGUAGAGCUGAGGGAUGGUAUUCCUUCAUCUCUCUCCAUGUAUUUGUUUUUGUGUGUAUUUCACUUACCAGACAACAAACGUAACAUUUAAGAUCUGUAAGAUACAAAACAAAAAACUCCAACUCCUGCAGGAUUUGAUCGGGCGACACAACAAUAGGGAAUGUCCCUUUGAAAGAUGAACGCACAUAGUUUCCCCGAUCACUGUAACAAUACCUGUUGUUCAACAACAAUAAUAAAAAAACAAUAUGAAAACAA